AAUGUGCUGUUAAGCGCAAACCAACGGUUCUUGUAAAAGGAAAACAAACGAUCAACUUAAUUUUCGAAAUUAAAGAAUUAAGAUGUUUUCAAUCCAACGAAACAUACUUAAUCUUAACGCUCACGUAAUUUCGGCGGAGGACAAGGGCCAGUUCCCGACCUUUACAAUGCCCGAGUCGCACGGUGGAUAUAGUCUGUCGCCACUGGGCUUCUUUGAAAACCAUAUGCGCCGAAUGCGCUACAUUGUGGUGCCGUCAGCCCAGAACUUUCCUCUUUUCCUGCGAGACAGCGAUCACACCAAGAAUGCAAAGCCAUCGGAAAGGAUCCUGGACAACUUGUUGGAGUAUAUAGUUCAGUCCUUGCCGCAGUCCAACUUACUGAGGGCGACCAACAUGCGGGUGGAAUUAAAUGUAGACAUUGUGUGCACCAGCGAGGUUUUGGAGCUAAUGAUGCGCGCUCCGUACGAGCACAAGUCAGGAUGGACACUGGCGGUAAGCCGGUAUCGCAACACUACAUAUAUUUGUCGCGUGCCCAGUCCGCAGGCCGAGGACGCCUUCGAAGAGCAUAAUCUGAGGCGGAUCAUGCAGGAGGCGCGUCUAAGGAAGCUGCGCCAGUACUGCCUGUCCGAAAAUGGACUCGUACUGCCCGAUGGGAUAUUAUUAUGCGAGGAACCUGACCGCUUCAAUGGCGUAUUUUCAAUCAACAUGAACGGCCACCGUGUUCUAUUCGAUUCCCCAGUCCUGGCCGAGAUUUGUACCAACCAGUUCAAUGGACCCGGGCAUAAUUGGUCGGAGCUGCAGCUGCGCCAGGAUAAUAUGAAUCGUUUGGAGUGGGCGGAGCAUAACCGCACUGAAGCGAUUAAAUGGUGGUGCAAGUGCUUCCUGCUUAACAUCCAGAACUUUUUUGUAGCCUAUCAGAACGAAAAUGGCUGUGUGAACACCAUUAAGAAGACGUCCUUGCGGGAUUUGUGGAAGUCUUGCGAGAACGAAUGGAGCACCAAUGUCUGCGCCAACUUCAUGGUGCGCCUGCUCGGAUGCAUCACCCAAAUCAUGGCCAAAAUUGACUGCCUUAACACCGUGUAUCUGUUCGAGUUCGAUGCCAAGCUGGGAGAGGUGGCCUACGAGGUGUUCGAGGGACUUAACGCGCACACGUUUCUGGGGGACUGGUUUCCCAUGAAUCUGGACGAACACCUUGUGUACAUGCCGGAUACAAUGAAUAUUUUAUAAGAGUACACCAAUCACUUGU